CAACAGACUUGGGCCAUCAUGCAUUCCAUUCCCAAUCUUUGCAAGCUUCCGUGUUAAACUCUAAUGAUAAUAAUACUGAAAAUUCUGUUAUAGUUAUCGGCAAACCCAUUGUUCCUGUUGUUUCUGAGAAGACAUUGAAGGUUGUGACAUCGGCUAGCGGUCCUGACGAUAAGACGGAUUUAAAUAAGAGCAGUGAAGAUUUUACAAGAACAAUAAUUGGCGACGAACGAUCGACGAAACGUACACGAACGAACAACCUAGGUCGACUUGCGCUGCUACGUCAGGGCAAAGAGACGUUAAAGCCAGCGUUCAUCGAAAAAAAUUCCCGCGAAGAUGAUAUAAAUUUAAGUGAAUUCGAUAAAUUGGAAGAAGUUAAGGGGAACACGAGUGACCAAACUGACUCCACCGUUUCCAAAGAAAAGAAUGGCAGCCAAAAUUCUAGAGAAAUUGGAGGUUCUCUCGUCCGGCUUCGCGACUUUGUCCCUCGUUUCCCACCAGAACUGCCAGUAAAAAUCAGUGUUUCUCGUACAAGUUCAGUUAGUUCGGUGGUUGGUAAAGCAUCACGAAAUCUUUCACAAAAAUCAAAUGCGAGCCAAAAUUCGGAUGGAGCUGAUGGUGCGAAGAAAGUCCUAACAGCUCCGUUCAAACUGACAUCCAGCAUAAAGGACUCAAAAAACAAUGAGUCUGAGGGAAAAGAUAAACCAAUUAAAGCUGUUAAACAAAAUAAAAUUAACACAUCACGAGGUCGUCGAGUUCGACCUGUUGGGUUUUCUUUGAGGAAAAGAGUGGAAGAAAUGCAAAAAACAGCACGUGCUACUGUGAAAGGCCAUAGUAAGUUAGAAGAAAGUUUCAAAUCUGAAGUAGAAGGCAAUCAUUCAUUUGAAUCUCAUGAAAAAAAUGGCGGAGAGAAAGACAGUGUCGAGUCAAGUCAUGAUGUGGACGAUAUCAAAGAAAGCAUCGAAGAUCACAAUGACGAGAGAAAAUUGGAAUUCAUUUUCAAAUCUGAAGCAGAAGUCAAACAUUCAUUUGAAUCCCGUGAAAAAAAUAGUCGAGAAGUGGACAGCAUUGAGAGAAAUCGUGACGAUAAAGUUGAUGUUGACGACAUUUUUCAUGUUCACGGCGACGACAACGACUCCGGAGCCAGUGACGAAGAAAUUCAUAUUGUUCAACAUUUCACUCCGCCAUCAAACGCCGUGCUGCUCGACAACGCAGUAUCACAUGCCACUAUACACAAAGACGUUGUUCGACUGGAAGACCACCACGACUCAGUAGAGCACAGCAAAGAAAUAGUGUUCCCAGUUCUUCCAAAAAUUGUCCUCCCGGUCCCAACUCCAAGCCCAGUGGACUCCAUAGAAAUCGAUGAUAAAUCUGAUAAAAAUUCUGAUGAAACCCUCAUCACAGUUAGUUUACCCCAUGAAAUUGAACCCGUCUUUCCAACUGAAACAUUGCCCAUAAAAAAACUUCCUCAGGACACUCACAACGGUCCACAGAAAUCCAAAGUUUCAAUAUUCGAUCUGACAAAACCCUCCGAAAGUGAACACAUUCCAUCAUUGUCAGGGCAAACAGUCACUCACUUUCCAGAAACACAGCUUCUCUCUUCUCGUCUGCCUUCAGACUCCGUUGAAAUUGAUAACGACUCUGAUGAAACAGUGAUAGAAGUUUUGCCUGCGACACGUCUGUCAGAGACAAAUGUUAAGUAUAGUGUUCAACGACCGUCGUCAAAACAUACUGGUCCACCAAGAACAACAGCAAUUCUAAAGGUCGAUUCGAAUUCGCAUAAAUUCAAGUCUUCCAAAAGUUUAGAAAAAUUUGAUUCUGACGAAAAUCACCAAUUGAUUCGCUUAACAAAAGCGAACCCAGUGAACACACUUACCUCUCUUAAACUUAAAUUAUCGUCUGUUACCCACUCGCCCCAGGCUCCAAAGUAUUUACCUACAAGAAAGCCCACUACUACAUCCCAACAUAAUUCUCCUCUACAAGGAAGUUCUGUCACGACAAACACGAAUGCUUCGUCUACGCCGCUUCAACCUUUCUUACCCACAUUGACUCAUGAAAUUCCAACUCUUAAUCAAUAUUUAGCUCCUCUCCUAGUUAAACAUACGCUAAAUCAGCCGGUACCAAUUAGGGACACUCAGGAUGCAAAAGAAAUUGGAAAGGAGUUACCAAAAUUCCAAAUACGACCACGCCAGAAGGCAGCUCCACACGUGUCGCAAGGAAAGCAGAAGUUGGUAUCACCUGUUGCACCGAACAAUGCAAACGGAAAAGAUUCAUCUAAUAAUCCUGUGAAAUUUAUUGCUUCAGGACCAUCAAAAAAUAUUGGUUCUUUCAGAACCACUGUAACGCAAAAGCUAGAAUCUAAUAGGCAGCCUUCGAAUCGUUCGCCUGCAUUUCAUGUUAUUAAAUCUCAUAGAAGCAUCGAAUCAUUUGAUUCAGAUGAAAUCAAACUCAGUUCUGGCGAAGAGCUCCAUUUCAUUCGUUCACAGAACCCAAUUCCAGUAAAUACAAUAACCAAUUUAAACUUCAAACCAGCGUCAGGUCAUCACUCCUCACAAGUUCAAAACGGAAAGGACUCAUUUAACCCGUCUAAUACAUUUUUUGUGUCAUUACCAUCAAUAAAUAUUGGUUCUUCAAAAACCACUGUAACUCAAAAGCUAGAGACUAAAAAGUCACCUUUGAAUCAAUCACCACCAUCGUUGAUAUUCAACUCUCACAAAAGCAUCGCAUCCUUUGGUUCUGAUGAAAUCGAAUUCAAUUCUGACGAAGAACACCACUUUAUUCGAUCUAAGGUACCAACCCCAGUGAACACACCACCUACUCUUAAACACAAAGCAGUGUCUGAUCACCACUCGCCCCAGGCUUCUCAGUACUUGUCUGCUACAAAGCACACUACGCCAUUCACUCGUCAUUCAUUUUCACGGGGAAAUUCUAAGCCCACAACAAAUACGUUUACUUCAUCUCCAAUCCAUCCUUUGCUGCAGCCACAAUCUGUCACCACGUCUCAAACAAUUCCUACUCUUAACCAAUAUUCAGCUCAUCUUUCGGCUAAACAUGGAUUUCGUCAGCCUGCAUCAAUUAAUUUUGGCCAAAGUGCAAGAGAAAUAGUAAGGAAUCAACCAAGUCACAGCAUAAGACAACACCAUCAAACAGCCCUUCCAAAAGUGGUCUCGGGUUCAUCUCCUUACGUGUCACAAAAACAACAGUUGACUUCAACUGUUUCACGAAAUCCUGCUAACGGGAUCGUUCUUUUGAAUCCUCAACAACCUCUAAGAUACGGAGGAGCAGCUCCGGUAAGUAUCCAUCAGCCGGGUAAUGCAUUCAACUCCAUACUGCUGACUCCUCACAAUAGGGGUAUUAACCCACAACUUCACGGACGAAAUUACUUGACGGGAGUUUUCGAACUUCAACAGACGAAACUUCCGCAACAGACUCACUCCCUUACGACAAACGCCAGACGACAACCAUUCAGAGGACCGUUUAACAAGCUCACACACCUAUACUCACCCAAUGCUUCUUUACGCGGACCUUCAGGUUUCGUGAAUACAGGUUCACUUCAACCAGCCAGAGUUUCAGUUCAGCAGAAGAGUUUCCCAGCUGCCGUUGAUGUGGUCUCGAACUACGAAGCUCCGGUGCAGCCACAACCGAGCUAUCAGGCACCCGUACAACCAUCCUACCAGGCACCACAACCAAGCUACGAAGCACCAGCAGUGUGCGAGCCUGUUGUUCAAUACUCCGUGGUGACCCAUGACAUUUUCGUGCCAACAACCCUCGAGGUCUACCGCACCAAGUAUCUGCCCACGACCCAGUACAACCAGAUCAUCGAGACGAAAUAUUACGCCCAGCCUCAAGUAAACGUUGUCACCGUCACUAAAGUUCCCGAGCCACAGUUCAUAACGAAGACUCAGGUGGUGACCAACCCAGUCUACGUGGCGCAGACCAACUACGAGACCAUCACCAAGUAUCUGACGGCGUCACAAGUUAACCAAGUCACCGACACGCGUGUGCUCUACCAGACGCGCUACAACACCGUCACCGCUACCGAUAUCCAGUACAGAACUCAGAUCCUAACCCAAUACCAAACACAGACCCAGUACCAAACUCAGUACCAGACCCAGACGGAGGUCAGGUACCAAACCCAGACCGAGUACCAGCCUCAGUACCUAACUUCAACCGUUUCAGUCCAGGUGCCGGUAUACAACACGGUAACCGAGACCAAGGUAAAGAAGCUGCUGCUCACACAAACCGUACCAGUUUACCACACCAGAAUUGAAACUCAAGCGCACUACGUCACGCAGACGGUCACGUCACAGUAUCCCUUAUACACGACCGUGGUAACAACCGUGUUCCAACCCCAGUACGUAACAGUUACUGUCACACAGCCGUGCAGCCAAGCGUACGGUUACUAUUAGUAUCAUUUAGUGACUUCAAAGACACCAGGAUAUUUUUUAAUGUAGUUUUUGGUGAUAAAACCAUCAAUUGAAUUUCAUCGAAAUAUUCACCUUAUUUUGUUUGGCUCUUUAGCUCGACGCACAAUAUCCAGUAUAUUUCCGAACGAUGAAGUCAUCAUAUGCAGGCAUAGCUUAUCUAUUGCCACCCAAUUAUAUUCCGGGGUCAAAAAUAAAUCAUAAUCACCUAUUGAAGAAUACGUGAUAUAAGUCGUACGAAUCGAGUAAAAUAUAGUAGAAUGUCUUCAAUCAAAACAGGAGAUAAAUAUAAAUGUUUAACUCAUGUUUUUGUUUGCUAUCUGGUAUUUAGCCGUUUAUGUUAAUGAUAAGUACAAAAAUUUCUACUCAUUUCCUGACCCAACCGUACUCACUAAUAUAUUAUUAAACAGCAAUCACAAAUAUAUUUUUGAGAUCAAA